CGAACCUCUGCACAAAGGGACCUGAAUUUAGGGAAAAAAAAGGACGACGGAAACCCAAACACCACACGCAAAUCAUGGCUUCAGGAUACGACAGAGCCCUUUCGGUGUUUAGUCCCGAUGGACACGUCUUCCAGGUCGAAUAUGCCGGCGAGGCUGUCAAGAGAGGUACCUGCGCGGUUGGUGUCAAGGGCAAGGAUGUGGUAGUCCUGGGCUGCGAGAAGCGCUCGGCCAUGAAACUCCAAGACACUCGCAUCACGCCCUCCAAGAUCGGUCUCCUCGAUACCCACGUGUGCCUCGCUUUCGCCGGCCUGAACGCAGACGCCCGCAUCCUGGUCGACAAGGCGCGGUUAGAAGCCCAGUCGCACCGCCUCAACCUCGAGGACCCUGUCACGGUCGAGUACAUCACCAAGUACGUCGCCGGCGUGCAGCAACGGUACACCCAGAGCGGUGGCGUCCGGCCUUUUGGUAUCAGCACCCUCAUUGUCGGUUUCGACAAGGGUAGCGACACGCCCAGGCUUUACCAGACCGAGCCGUCGGGUAUCUACUCGGCAUGGAAAGCCAACGCCAUCGGCCGGUCGAGCAAGACGGUCCGGGAGUUCUUGGAGCGCAAUUACAAGGAGGACAUGGACCGCGAGGCGACAGUGCGGCUAACGAUCAAGUCACUGCUCGAGGUGGUGCAGACGGGUGCUAAGAAUAUCGAGAUCGCCAUUAUGGCGCCCGGCAAGCCGAUCGAGAUGCUGCCGGUCGAGGACAUUGAGAACUACGUCAAGAACAUUGAGCAGGAGAAGCAGGAGGAGGCGGCCAAGAAGAAGACGGGCAGGACCCCUGGGACAGGCAGCGCCGCCAUAUUGACCCGGGGUACCCAGGGCGAGUCGAGUGAACAGUAGCGUGGAGGAUAGUGGAGGGCAACGACGACCAGGGAUGUCGGCUCCAGGAGAGGGUGGUGAUGAGAUUGACGGCACAAGGGGCCAUGAAAGCUGAAGCCUUCUUCUGUAAGACUAUACCAACGGAAUGCAUGCGAUCACGGCGAAAACACAAGGUGCCUCUGCGCCUGUCUCCAGGCUUCCCACUCUCUAUGGAAUUUAACUCCCCACGUUCCGGGUAUCUUGCUUAAAAAUCUCACGCUCAAAAGCACAUCGAUCACCAACCGCUCCUUCCUCCAGCUAGCUGUCUUGCCGGAAGUGCUCAACCCAGCUUAUCUGCGUCCCGAUCGGGGUCAAAGAUCGUAAUCUUGUCAGUGUGCUUCGGCUUGACCCUGUCAUCCUUGAUCAUCCGGCUGUCGAUGCGCACGUCCUCGCCUUCGACGCUGAUGGCCGGCUUGGGCGUCACGGCCUCCAGGACGAAGUGGUUGUCGCAGUGCGGGCAGUACUCGUCGGCCUCCUCAAACUCGGACGCGUCCUUGCGGAAGCACUUCUUGCACUUCUUGCAGGCAAACGUCAUCUCGAAGCGCUGGAGGAGCGGGUGCGACUCCUGUUCGGCGUGGCACUCGGGGCAGUCGAACCAUUUGCGGCAGCAUGGCGAGCGAAUCGAGACCUGGGCGUUGAGAAUGUGUUUACACAUUGUGACGGUCAGGCUAUCUUUCCAGAGCGAGUGUGUUGCCUUAUGAUGAUGGAAGAGAACUGUGCACACAAGAUCGUUG